GAAUUACAUCAUCUUUGUCUAUGAAUGAAUCUAGUUCGAGUUAAUAUUUGACCAGAAUUUUGAAAAAAAUUUUCACUCAAUAGAAUUGAUAAACCAAAUAAUCAGUUAACUGUCAUCUAUUUGAUGCUCUUUAUUAAAGAGGAUAAAAGAUUAAUCAAUUUGUUUUAAUUGUUUACAAUUUAUUUAUGUGUUGAUAGCAAAAUGUCAGCUCGUUAUUCACCUCGCCCAUCAGUUGAUUUCAAUGAGUAUUCACCUUAUCCUCAACCUUAUGGGACAACCAAACCAAUACAAACUCCUUAUGGUCAAGCUGAUUAUCCACCGUUACCACCAACACAACAACAAAUUGUUUCUGGUGAUUGGAUGAUUGCUCCAAUUAUAUCUGGUUGUCCACCAGGAUUAGAGUAUUUAACCCAAAUUGACCAGUUAAUUAUUCAUCAAAAGGUUGAGCUUCUUGAAGUUUUGUGUGGAUGUGAAACUAAAAACAAAUAUAAAAUCAAAAAUAGUUUAGGACAAAAAGUUUACACUGCAAAAGAAGACUCUGAUUGUUUGACUCGUAAUUGCUGUGGACCAAAUAGAUCUUUCGAGAUGAAAAUGAUCGAUUGUCAGGAAAGAGAAGUCCUUCAUUUCUAUCGGCCAUUAAGAUGUUCAUUGUGUUGCUUCCCUUGGUGCUUACAACGAUUAGAGGUGACGACGUACGAGUCGAUUUGUGGAUUCGUUGAGCAAGUUUGGUCACUUUGGAGUCCCAAGUUCAAUGUCUGUAAUGCCGAUGGUGAAACGGUCCUCUACAUCGAGGGUCCUGGUUGUACCUUUUCCAUUUGUGGUGAAGUAGAGUUUAAAGUGUUCACUUUGAAUGAUAAAACUCAGGUCGGUCGAAUUACUAAAAAGUGGACUGGCCUUACUCGUGAGGCAUUUACGGACGCUGAUCACUUUGGUAUCUCAUUUCCAAUGGAAUUAGAUGUUAACAUAAAAGCAGUUCUGCUAGGAGCUUGUUUCUUAAUUGAUUUCAUGUACUUUGAAAAACCGGCCAAUGAUUAACUUAAUCAGAUUUUUAAUUGUUACUCUCCAUUUGUACUUAUUAAGGAAACACUGUAUUAUCUUCGGGAUGAUCACAUCAAUCCGCUGAUUGUUAAUUUAAAUUGUUUGCUCAAUUCUACCCAUGAAUAAAUCUCGAGAUUGCGCUGAGUUCCCUCGAAUUGUUGGCCAUUAAUUUGAUCCACUAAUCGACUGAAUUAAGUGAAAUCAUCAAGUGUUCAAACAAAACUAAUAACAAAGUAAAACAGUUUCUAUCAAUCUCUCUCUCUCUCUCUCUCCGCGCUUUUAUCUACUGAUUGACAAUUUUAAUCGCAAUUAAUACUUCAAUCAACGUGAAGAUGGAGUAACAUACGAUUAUUGAUAAUCAACCAUAUGAGAAGAUA